AUGGCGCUUAGCCGCGCUUGGCUGUUUUGCAUAUGCGUUUGUGUUGACUGCUUUAGGCAGGAUGAGCCUGACACGGCAUGGAUGCUUCAGCUCUCAGUGGAGAAAGAAGUCACCGCGUCUCCUGCGAUUUCACCCGCUGAAAGGCCAGCUUGGUAUCCUUGGUUCCGCGCGUCUCAUGCUCGCUCCAGCAUCUACCUAAUGAUUCUCAUCCUGUUGCCCGUGACUGCUGUCGCAUUCGCGGGGCCCAAAUGGCUUUUAGCGGCCAUGAUCAUCUGCAGUGACACUUUGUGUACGGAGCUGCCCAUGGCCGUCUUCCCGGUCUUGGCUUCGCCCGUGGAGGUGGGCUUUCUGGUGGCCACCAAGCCCUUGGGCCAGGCCAUAGCCACACCUCUGACACGCUUUGUGCGGCAGCGAGAGCUGUUCUGCUUAAAGCUUGGCCUGCUGUUGCAAUCCGGCGGCUUGUUUCUCCAGGGCCUGUCCCCAGACCUCCUGAGCUGCUUCACGGCUCGCCUGGCGCAGGGCGUGGCCUCGGCGCUGAUCAUGGGGGCCACCAGUUCGCUGGCCAGGGAGGAGCCCAUGGUUGCUGACAAGGACUCGGAUGUCAGCACUCUCAUCUACAGCAUGUACGCAGGGCUGAUCCUCGGCACGCCCCUGGGCGGCUUGGGCUUCUCCUUUGAGGCCUUUCUGCCCUUCGUUCUGCUGGGCCUGGUGGAGCUGGUAAUGUUGGGAGCGGUGCAACUGAACUGGAGACAGAGUGCCAUGCAGCCAGCGCCGGCGCACAUUCCUGUCAUGCAGCUGCUACGCUUCCCUAUGAUAUGGAAGCCCGUCCUGUUGAUCUGCCUCAUUGUGACGUACGUCUCCGCCUUGCAGGCGACAGUGUUCAGCAUCAUGGAGGCAGAAAUGGGCCUCUCCCUCAGCCAGGCCAGCCUCAUGUGGCUGCUCCAGGCCGUCCCAGCUGUGAUUGCAGUUCUUUUAAUAGGUCCCAAUGCGCAGAGCAUUGGAUUUCGCCUGGUGAUGCUGAUGGGCUUGUUGGUGGCUGGUGCUGGUGGCAUCUUCAGCCGACAGGACUCCGUGUCGAUACUGGCCUUUGAACUGAUUGUGGCUGGCGUGGCCUUGGGUGCGGAAAACGGCACUGUGCCACGACUUUUGGAGGACAUCUGCACCCGCUACUUCGAUGAGUGUGGCAGCGUAUAUGUGGUGUUAAACCUCGCUCAGCAGGCAGGCUACGUGCUGGGCCCACUGCUGGGCACGCUUAUGGUGCGUGUCUUCGACUUCAAGACCAUGUGUCGCUCCUUUGGCGGGGUGUUUGUGGUCUACGCCAUGUUUCACACCUUGGUGGCCAUGCAAGUGCCCUGUCAGGGUCGAGUGAGUGGAAAAAGGAGCCCUUGGCCCUUCUUUGAGCUGGUCGCGCUUUGGGCGACCAGGCGGCUGGAGACGGCGCCGGAUGUGGCGGAGCUUCGCAGCCAGGCGGAGUGCGACGUUGGGGCGCUGGAGAUCUUAGAGGCUUUGCCUUUGAGCGUGCAUGCGCUUCAAGACCACGGCCCUGUGACUCAAUCGGCCGCGCGCUACCUUGCGAGCUUUCUGCUGGAGAGGGUGCACUUCCAUCAUUGGCCGUUUCUUCAAGACUUUUGUGGUCGCUUGCUGUGGUCGCUGCUUUUAGCAGUUCUCACUCUGACGCAUGAUGAUCCACUGAUAUCGCCUGGCUAUGCCCUGCGAAUGCAGCAAAUCUCUGUCUCGGACCUGUACCAGAAGCAUGCAACGACUUUCAUGGACAUCUUGGCGGGAAGCCCCUGGAAGAUCCUGCAGCUGCUGCCCACACUGGCCCAAAGGGAGAGGCAGCUCCGCCCAGACUUCCAUAUGGCCAUCAUCAGGCAGCAAUCUGAGCUCACCAUGGACCGCCUUGCGCCCUUCACCGCUGUGCCGCCUGCAGAGGCCACGCAGUUGGAGAGGACGCUGCGGGUGGCCCACGACUUCCUCACGGUGCUGGGGGUGGCCUACAUGCUGAUCGCUGGCAGCUUGCUGGGUGCCAUUCGGCACAUGGACCGAAUUCCAUGGGAUGACGACGUCGACCUUUGCGUGGAUGCGGCCCACGAGAUGCAGCUGGUGAGCCUGGCCGCGGCCCUGGAGGCCAAGCGCAGCGGCCUGGCCCUGCCCCAGACGCUGAGCCUCCGCGCCAGGCGUGCCUUGGCCCUGCUGAACGACCAAAAGCACCGCCUCGAGGUGCGCUCCUCUCGAGCACUGACCUUCCGCAUCCAGGAAGAAGGCGGCCAGGAGGCGUCUGUGGAUGUGUGGCUUU